AUGGACAGCUCGCCCACCUCUCUCUUCGAUUCUUACGAGCAGGAAUUUCACCAGCUUAUUGAUGCUGUGCGCACAAAGCUAGAUGGCGAUGCAAAGAACGAGCAGGGAGGUUCUGUUCCAGAGCAGCGCAAGGCUGCCCUCAGAAGAGUCGAGAUGGAACUCGAUGAAGCAGAUGAAAUGGUAUCGCAGAUGGAGAUUGAAAUCCAAGGCAUACCCCAGUCCAUCAAGGCUCAAUACCAAGCCCGCCUCCGCACCACGAAGUCAGAACUGUCCCGGUACAAGAAACUCUCCAAGGACCUCCAUUCGCACUUCAACCGCACCGAUCUCCUUGCUUCUUCCGGCAGCCGGGUGGGCUCGCCAAUAUCCGACGACCCUUACGGCAAUGCCAGCGACCGAUCGCGUCUCCUCUCAGGCACGACAGUUUUGGAGGAUGGCACACGCAGGCUGCAAGAAUCGCAGCGCAUUGCGCUGGAGACGGAGGGUCAGGGCGCCGAAAUACUCAUGAACUUGCGGCAGCAGAGAGAGCAGAUUGAGAACGCUAGGGACACACUUCAUACCGCGGAUAACGCCAUAGAUCGCGCUUCAGGGACACUCAAGAAGAUGAUCAGACGCAUGUACCAACAGCGAGUGGUGACCGCUGCCAUUAUCAUCGUCCUUGUCCUGCUUAUCUGUAUUAUAAUUUGGGAGAAGCUUCUCCGUUGA